AUGUUAUAUAACAAAUUUCUCGGCACUUUCGCCGCGGGACUGGGAUUUGCAUGGGCUCUCGAGAACGUUACCAUCUACGAAUUCGGGUCCGCCAAGGGUCUUCUCGGCCAGGAUUACCGCAGUGUGUUUUCGGACAAUACUUCCUCGCAGGUGCAGUUGCGGGACGCGGUCUUGAUAAACGGGACGGUGAUUUUUGAUUCCAGCGCACCUUGGGACAGCAGUGCACUGGAAAAGUGGCUUCAGGGCCAGAGAGAUGUUUCCAUCGAGAGAAUAUUCGACAAUAUUGGUCCCAGCGCUUUUCAUCCGUCUGUUUGGCCCGGCGUCGUGAUUGCGUCGCCGUCGCAGACGCAUCCAGACUACUUCUACCAGUGGAUAAGGGACGGCGCGCUGACUAUAAACACGAUUGUCUCGCACUCCGCGGGCCCAGCCAUGCAGACCCUAUUGCAGUAUUUGAACGUUUCGUUCCACUUGCAAAGAACAAACAACACGCUGGGCGCUGGAAUUGGUUAUACUGACAGUACCGUAGCGCUGGGCGACCCCAAGUGGAACGUCGACAACACGGCUUUCACGCAGGACUGGGGCCGCCCGCAAAACGAUGGGCCAGCGCUGCGAACCAUCGCCAUCUUGAAAAUCAUCGACUACAUCGAGCAAUCUGGCACCGAUCUGGGGGGCGAAUACCCAUUCCAGUCCGUCGCGGACAUCUUUGACGACAUUGUUUGCUGGGACUUGAAAUUUAUCGUUGAGCACUGGAACUCUUCCGGUUUCGAUCUGUGGGAAGAGGUCAACGGCCUGCAUUUCUUCACUUUAUUGGUUCAAUUCUCCGCCGUGGACAAGUCCUUGAGCUAUUUCAACAAUACGGAAUGGUCGUCUCCCUUUGUUGAAGAAUUGCGCCAAACGCGACAGGACAUCGGCGACUUCUUACUGGACCCCGAGAAUGGAUUUAUAAAUUCCAAGUACAACUAUAUUGUCGGAACUCCCGCCAUCGCCGACACACUGAGAUCGGGGCUGGACAUAUCCACUUUGUUGGCCGCUAAUAUCCUCCACGAUACGCCAUCGGCGUCCCAUCUUCCCUUCAACAUCAAUGAUCCCGCCAUCCUGAAUACCUUGCACCAUCUGAUGUACCACAUGCGUUCAGUCUACCCCAUCAACAGAGGCGCUGAUAACGCAACGGGGAUCGCUCUGGGCCGGUAUCCGGAAGACGUGUAUGACGGGUAUGGGUCGGGCGAAGGUAACCCGUGGGUUUUGGCCACUUGUGCCGCUUCAACAACACUUUACCAGCUCAUACGCAUGCACAUCUCCGAGCAGCAAGACCUGGUUGUCCCCAUGAACAAUGAAACUUCGAACGCAUUUUGGAGCCAACUGGUUUUCUCCGAUCUCACCACUUUGGGGGACGACGAUCGGUAUCUGAUUCUGGAAUUCAACUCUCCCGCCUUCAAUCAAACAUUGCAAAGAAUUCUCCAGUUAGCGGAUUCGUUCUUGGUCAAAUUGAAAACUCAUGUGGGUGCAGACGGCGAACUCAGUGAGCAGUUUAACAGACACACGGGGUUCAUGCAAGGCGCCCAACAUCUAACUUGGUCCUACACUUCAUUUUGGGAUGCUUAUCAACUACGGCAAGAGAUUCUACAAAGUUUCUAA